GAUGACUACUAUACUUGUUGCAUCACCAUAGAAGCAUUAAAAUGUCGCUUUACCGGCAGCUCCUCCGUAAAACCCCGGCGGCCCAAACCCUAAAACCCAUUCUCCGAUCAAUUUCCACCGCCGCCGAUUCCACAUCUACCGCCGUACAAUCGCAUCACAAUGACCACCAGCGGAACCAUGAGUUCCGUCCACCGAGCGACUACCUGAAUUCAUGGACAGCACCUAAGGAUCCUAAGGAGGCGGAGGCUAAACUAGCCCGUUUGCGCCGUGAAUAUGCGAAGAAAGUGAAGGAGGUGAGGAAAGAGUACAUACAAGAAAUGGAGCUUCAGAGGAUUGAGAAGAUGAGAAAAGAUGAAGCUAAAAAAGAGGCUCAGAGGAUUGCUAAUGAGGAACGCAAGGUUGCUAAAGCUGCUGAGAAGAAAGCGAAGGCGAAGGAGAGAGAGGCUGCUGAAGAGGAGUUCCGCAAAACUCUGCUUAAAGAAAGACAGGAAAAGGUUGAAUAUUGGAGGAUGAGGGAAAAGAACUUCUCGAAGAAGAAGAAAGAGAAAAAUAAUCUUCUACAACGGCAAAGUUCCAUGUGGAUUGAUGAGAAAGAGUUGGAGAAAAAGACACUUGAGGCUAUCGUUGACACUGUUCAUCUUUGAAUUGUUUUCUUUCUCAAACAUUUUUGGUCGGAGUGUUGUGUUGUUGGUAGGAGGACUGUUUUGAAUAAAUUCGAACAUGUGUAACUUGAUUACUUGGAUAGGAUUCUCACCCUUUCCGCGGGGAACAUUUGGGAAAAUUGACUCGUGUUCUUCAAUUGCCAAAUCUGGCAGAAAAUUUACUGUAAAACAGACUUGGGAUGCCAUCUUAUGAACUCAGAAUUGCCUCUUUCUCUUUCAGAGAAUUGUUUGUGAAUCUUUACUUUCAUGAAA